AAUAUUCAAUUGGAGGUAAAAGAGUUUAUAUUAAACAAUUAUUUGUUGCUAACAACAUUAUUUUUUUUCAGAUACCUUGCUUUUUAUCGUUCCGGCCACCAGAUUCGUUGGUUUUCAUAAAGUUUCAUUUGGCAGUACAAAAUGUUGACUCGAAAUGCUGAACAAGUUUUGAGAAUUUUCCUAAUUUUAGCGAAAAUGCGUAAAUUAAAACUGCGAUUAAAACAGAAGCGCCGAUUUUGGGUUCGGAAAUUGUACUUAGAGCGACACAAAUAUGGAUUGUUUGAAAGUUCAUUAAGAAACUUGGCUGCAGAUGAGGAGCAGUUUAACAAGACAUUAAGAAUGCCCUUUUCGUUAUUUAAUGUGCUGCACGAAUUUCUGGAGGCUUCGCUGACCAAAUAUUCAAUCAGAACACCAAUAUCGAGCCGCUGCAGACUAUUUAUAACCCUGAUAUAUUUGGCUCACGGUGGCACUCGGCAAUUCCACACAAUAGUUCACAGGAUCGGCCUGACGACUUUCAGGAAGAUUACGUUGGAGACAUGUAUGACCAUAUGGGAUCUGUUAGCUGACCUGUAUGUGGCGACCCCGUCAGAAACGGAAUGGGGACGUAUUUCCAAUGAGUUCAAGUCGCUGUGGAAUAUGAGCAAACUAAA